AUGGCUCUCCCCGCGGAGCUCCUCGAGCAAAUCGUUGGCCACAUACCAGACACCUCCUCUGUGAAGAGCUGCUGUCUCGCCAGCUCGGUCCUCGUCUAUCCCUGCCAAAAGCGGCUGUACAACAUCCUUACCCUCCCCCUUGCGGACCCCGCUACCUGGGAGCGCGCCAGCGAGCGCUUUCAGCAAGUGCCGCACCUCCUCCAACAUGUUGAGCAUCUAGCAAUAGAGCUCAGCCUGCUCGAUCUCGCGGACUCCGUUUGGCCCGACUUCUUCGCCAAGCUGCUCAAUCUCAAGAGCGUCUCCAUCAUGGCGGGGUCGACAUCGGGACUCAUCGGGUGGCCCACCGUUCCGGAACCGGUCGCCGUUGCUUUGGCCGCGCUGCUGCGGGCACGACAUGCCCACCCACUCUCCCGUGUCUCUCUCACGCGGGUAUCUCAACUGUCGACCGAGAUUGUUUUGCUGUCCUUCAGGGCAACUGCGCGUCUGGCCAUUACUUCCUGCAACAUCGUCGAAGAUGACGAGACGCCUUUGGUCGAGAUGAGCACCGACGAAUCCGCAGGAACUGGCACCGCGGUUUCACUGCGGCACAGCGCCAACAUUGUCAAACGAUUUGCCCAAAGUCCGAUUUUGCGGUCUUUGGUCGCUUGCAUUUCGUCGCUUGCUGUCUCGGGCCACAAGCAGGCUAUCGGGAAUGUCCUUACUCUUUGUCAGUGCGUCGCACCGACCAUAUCCCACCUCGAACUUCCCCCCUCUUGGCAGCUGUCAAUGAGUGGCUCCCAAUCGACUGCACUGCCUUCCUCGUGGCCAAAUCUCCUCUCGGUUACACUUCAUCUGAGAAAAGCAGAGCUCGAAGACACUUCCGUCUUGUCGUGGACCUUAUCAGCGCUGAUCAGCAGCAUCCUCCCGCCCGACACCUGUCCCGCCCUGCGCGAUCUCAUCGUCGUCCUCGACAUCCCGAUCGACGACAUGGCCGGGCUGGAAUACGCGUUCGACGAGGUCGGGCUCGUGGAGGACGAGUUUGACUACACGCAGCCUAUCCCCUGGUCGCUCGACCGGACGCGAUUGGCGGCCAUCGACGGCCUUGCAGCGGCACACCCGCGCCUGGCGACAGUCCAAUGGACCGUGGUCGUCAAUUUUGACUCCAUUGGGCUCGUGGAGGACGCCUCAGAGCGCCUGCGCGCCGGCAGCCCUGCAGCAUGUAUACAGUAUGAUGCAUGCUGCGCUGCGCUGCGGUCUGAGAUGCCCCGGAUGAUGGAAAUGGGACGGCUUUCUUUCAGGGGCCAAGACAGCUCGCGCCGCUAA